CAAUUCCCCUCAUCGGCUCAUCCAACAAUGGCCGCACUUUCGGAGUUGAUCCGAUCGCGGGUCACCAACACUUAACAUAUCGAGCGAGGAAGCAUUGGAAGCAGUAGAGUUGGCGAAAUGCACCCUCAUGAUAAUAAUGAAUCUACAUUUGAUUAGGUAUACCGUAUACAUGUUGAAUUACUGAAUAGUCCUGGGACUGAAUGGGCACAAUAACUAUAUCAAUAUGUCGGCUACAUACCACUCAAUUACCGACCUUUUGGCGUUAGGACACUUCACCCGAUAUCAGAACACUGCUUACGUAUCUGCCACUAUCGCAAUCGGGAUCGCUUUAUACUGGGUUUGGAAUGCUGCAUUCUCCACGGAUAUACCUCAUAUCAAGGGGUUACCAGAAAUUCCCGGUGCGAUCCCCUUUUUCGGACACCUUCUAAAACUCCGUGAAGACCACGCUACCGUCUGCGAAAAAUGGUGGCGCCAAUACAACCACUCCGUCUUCCAGAUCAAACUGGGGAACACACGCGCCGUAGUCGUCAAUUCAUUUGACGAUUGCAGGAAAAUGUUAGUGGGCCACCAGAACGCGUUGAUUGACCGGCCGAAACUUUACACAUUCCAUGGCGUUAUCAGCAGCACCCAAGGUUUCACAAUCGGCUCUUCGCCUUGGGACGAGAGCUGUAAAAGGAAGCGAAAAGCCGCUGGGACAGCUCUCGGCAGACCAGCCUUAAGAGGUUAUUACCCGAUGUUUGACCUGGAGAGUUAUUGCAUCGUCAGGGAUCUCCACAGGGAUAGCCGCGAUGGGGAACUUGAGAUCAGUGUGCGACCGUAUAUCCAACGAUAUGCACUGAAUACUACAUUGACCCUGUGCUAUGGUAUCCGUAUGGAUGCUGUGUAUGACGAACUUCUCCGUGAGAUUCUCUACGUUGGCUCGUCCAUCUCGCUCUUGCGCAGCGCAUCAGAAAAUUUGCAAGAUUAUGUUCCGAUAUUAAGGUACCUCCCUAAUAAUGAGAAAAAUGCUCGUUCCAAAGAAUUGCGUGAGCGGCGCGAUGCAUAUUUGAACCUUCUCUUGGAUAAAGUCCGAGCGAUGAUCAAGCAAGGAACCGAUAAGCCUUGCAUUUCUGCCGCUAUUUUGAAGGACGAAGAAACCAAGCUUACAGGAGUUGAAGUUUCGUCAAUAUGCCUAUCUUUAGUCUCAGGUGGUUUUGAGACGAUCCCUGGGACGCUAAUAUCCAUAAUCGGGUCAUUAUCGACUAAAGAAGGUCAACUUUGGCAGGAUCGCGCAUAUGACGAUAUCAAGCGAUACUAUCCGAACGUUCGCGACGCUUGGACGGAUUGCUACAUCCAGGAGAAGAUCCCUUACAUCAAUGCUAUCAUCAAAGAAGGCGGCCGCUAUUAUACUGUGAGUGCCAUGAGCCUUCCACGAAAAACAGUAACGGAAGUGGAGUGGAAUGGUGCUAUCAUCCCCCCUAAGACGAUGGUCUUGAUCAAUGCCCAAGCGGGCAAUCACGACAUCGAUCACUUUGGAAGCGACGCCGGCAAGUUCGACCCAGAGAGGUGGCUUAAUAGCCUUGACCCUCCAACGGAGCGAGAAUCUGCGGGCCUUAAUCAUUUAAGUUUUGGAGCUGGAGCCCGGGCUUGUUCUGGCCGGCUUAUCGCAGCCCGACUCCUGUAUUCUGCUCUUGUACGCAUUAUUUCGUCCUACAAGAUCGUCGCAAGCGAAACGGAACCCCCGAAUACCGAUUACGUGGAUUAUAACGCUAUCAAGUCGGCGUUGGUUGCGAUUCCUAGAGACUUUAAGGUCAAACUCAUUCCUAGAGACUCGGCUGUGACGGGAGACUGCUUGGAUGCCGCCGAGCUUAGAACCAAAGAGCAUUAUAAGACAUAAAAGGGCUGCGUAGGCCACUACCUACAGGUCGAAAUCGGUCUGAGAGUAUUGCCAACUGAUGAAUUUGGUGGGGUAGAGAUAAGAACCUAACAAUAUUGACAGAUUGCUAGAAAGCACAAUCCAGUAAUAAAUACCCCCAUACCGAUCUAUAUCUACUAUAUCUACCAUGAGAGGAGAUGCAAUCUAGAUGAACACAUUUGAUAACAGCCUAACCCCGUUUCUCCAUCUUAUAUGUGGUACGAUAUCAUUGUGCAGUGGCUUCUGAUCUACCUAGGCCUUUUUCUUUCCCGAGACUUUCGCCAUCUCACCCUGAGCGGGGACAACACUUUCAAUUACCAUGUCCUACGGUAUUCAUUAGUCCUGGAUCGUAUAUACAACAUUAUG